UCCCCUACAAGUUCUUCUCUGACCCGUCCAGCAUCAAUGAGAAGCGGAAGCAGCGGAGGAUCCGGACCACGUUCACCAGCUCGCAGCUGAAGGAGUUGGAGAGAGUUUGGUUUCAAAACCGGAGAGCCAAGUUUCGCAAGCAGGAGCGAGCGGCCAACUCCAAAUCGGGGGGCAACUCCAGCAGCGGAAUCCCGACCAGCAGCAGCGCCAACACAGCCGACCUCCUCAAAGCCUGGCAGCCGGCCGAAGCCGUCCCAGGGCCCUUCGCCGGAGUCCUUUCCACCUUUCACCGGAAGCCGAACGCCCUGAAAACAAACCUGUUCUAGAAGAAGGCGGAGCCGCCAAAUUGUAAAAAAAGAUGAAAUCAAAGCCAAUGCAACACGAACGGACCCCCGAAAUCGGACUAUGGACGCCGUACUUAUAUAUAGAGAAAACCUGCAUUUUGGGGAGAAGGACCUUCCGUG